AUGGCGGCCGCACAAGCCAAGCGGUUCUCUUGGCGCAUGAUUACCACCCAGGAACCCCAUCUCGCAAGUGAGGCGCUGCUGCUGCACACCGAUGCGGGGGAGCGGGUGCACGUGGUGAGGGAAGAGGAGCACAAUGCCUUCCACGGCAUGCGCACAGGCAUGCGGCUCAACGUGACGGGGCUGUGGCUGAGCCGCGGCCCUGGCGGCGUGCGUGCCGCGGGCGCCUCCUCCCUGCCGCACGCCCUCUCCUCCUUCUGCUUCUACGGCUCGUCCCUUGACAUAGUCAGCCAAGGCCCGGUCGGCAAGCCCAAGCUGGAGGGCGGCCUGGUCCAGGUGGCGGCUGCCAGCGGCGACGGCUUUGUGCAGUCGGCGGCGGUGCUCAACAGCAACCCGCUGAUCGUCAAGGACGUCAAAACGCUCAUCAUCCCAAUUGUGGGCGUCAACGCUGCCGGCGCCUCCUGCUUCAACACCGCCCUGCCCAAGUUCAACGCCAGCCAUGUCAGGCGGGCGGUGUUUGCGGAGAUGAACCCCAGGGGGCCCACCGUGGGCGGCACCUUCAACAGGUGCUCCCUGGGCAAGAGCCGGCUGACGACCCAGAACAGCCUGGUGGCGGACACAGUGAAGCUGCCCUGCGCCGGAACCACCAACGACAUCCCGUGGUCCUUCUCCAAGUGCGAUUUCGACGACUUCAACGGCUGGGCCGACGCGGCGGAUGCUGAGCUGGCCAAGCGCGGCGUGGACCUUUCCAAGUACUUUUACAAGGUCUACCUCAUCCCGCCUGGCUCCUGCCCCUUUGUGGGCCUCGGCUAUGUGGGCUGCGACGGCAGCUACCCCUGCCGCAGCUGGAUCGGCGGCGACUUCUGGACGACGCCGGAGGCAAUCACCCACGAGCUGGGGCACAACCUGUUCCUGGCGCACGCCGGCACGUGGAAGCCAGACGGCAGCUUUGACGAGUAUGGAGACCAGACGGGGGCCAUGGGCUACUGCUGCGAGCCGCGCUGCUUCAACACGCCGCAGAGCUGGCAGAUGGGCUGGCUGUCGGUGCAGCACUUUGACGCCAGCAACCUGCGGGCGGGGCAGACGGUGGAGACGACGCUGGCCAGCCAGGCCACGUCCGUGCUCAGCGGCGUGCGCAUCAAGCCCACCUGGCUCAGCGGCGGGGAGCCAAUCUUCAUGAGCCUGCGCACGCGGGCCGGCGGCGACGCGUUGCUGUCUGCCGCCGCUGCCAACAAGGUGCACAUCCACACCUCCCCCAUCGAGCACUCCUUCGACUCGCAGCUGACAACCUGGCAUGCGGCUCUGGCAGUCAACCAGUCUUGGGAGAAUGCGGCCGCGGGGGUGGUGCUGCGGCUGAAGGCGCUGAAAGCCGGCCGCGCGGCUGUCAGCAUCUGCCGCAAGGGGCCCGGCGGCAAGGAGACCCUGGAGACGUGUUCAAAGGGAAUAGACAAUGAUUGCAACGGCAAGGCGGGGCCCAAGGACCCAGCAUGCUGGCCACUGCUGAAGCGGCUGACUGGCUAG